AUGUCGUUUUCUUCUAUGGAGAUAGGCUCGCUGUUCGACGUCAAAGACAAAGUAGUGCUUGUCACUGGCGGAAGCCGCGGGAUUGGCAAAAUGAUUGCGACGGGCUUCGUCCGAAACGGCGCAACGGUGUACAUUUCGUCGCGCUCGGCCAAGGCGUGCGCGGACACGGAGAAGGAGCUGAACGCGCUGGGAGCCGGGACGUGCAUCGCGCUCCCUGCGGACAUGCAGCAGCUGUCCGAGGUCGAGCGGCUGGCGAAGGAGCUCGGCGCGCGGGAGAAGGUGCUCCACGUCCUCGUGAACAACGCAGGCGCCGCGUGGGGGGACUCCGUCGACGACUAUCCGGAUGCGGCGUGGUCGAAGCUCCUCACGCUCAACCUCCAACGCGUCUUCAACUUGACGCAGAAGUGCCUCCCGCUCUUGCGUGCCGCGGCGGAGCAAGGCGGGAAGGUCGGCGAGAGCUACCGUGACCCCGCCCGAAUCAUCAACAUUGGGUCUGUUGAAGGCACCCAUGUCCCCGGACACGAGACCUACGCGUACGCGGCCUCCAAAGCUGGUCUGCACCACCUCAGCAGAGACUUCGCCGGCCGACUUGGGUACGAGGGCAUCACGAGCAACACGCUCGCGUGCGGUACGUCUCCCCUAAAUUAUGCGCUGAUGGCGCACACGCUCGAAACGACCGGAGACGUGAUCACGGCUGCCGUGCCUUUACGGCGGGUGGGCUCGCCGGAGGACGUCGCCGGUACAUGCAUAUAUUUGGCGAGUCGCGCCGGGGCGUACGUCAAUGGUGCGACCAUUCACGUUGACGGAGGGAGCGUUGUGGCGAAACCGACGUUUGUUCCGAAGCUGUAG